AUGCACCAAAUGCAAUAAUAAUUAAUUCAUCAACAAAAGAUUGUCGAAUUCACAAAUUUAGGUAUUUAGUAAAUAGCAUUCUUUAGGAUAAUAUGUUUAUUUAGAAGAAUAUAUUAGAACUAAUCACAUAUCAUAAACAACUUAUUCUUAAGCCUUUUUAGAAUGCAUACAAUUUACUAGAGAUAGUGAAGAUCAUUUUCAAUGUAUUUAGUAAAUUUUAAAGUAUAUAUAUUUCAAACUUAAAGAUAAUCUAUUGAUUUUAAUUAUAAAGAUAAUUAAGGUAAUACAGCAAUUGUUUAAGCAGCCAAAACAGCCAAGAUAAGUAUUUUGAAUGAAAUAAUAAAAUAUAAAGAGAAAAUAGAAACAAAAUAAAUUAAACUAGCACUUGAUAUUGCAAUCUAAUCUGAAUAAGACAAUUGGGAUAUUGUUGAAACUCUUUUAUAAAUUACAUCUCUCGAUAAACCUUAACAUUUAAUUAAGUCCUUAUAAAAAGGUAAUUAUAAGACAGCUUCAAAAAUCAUAGAAAAAUAUGGAGCUUCUGGUUAAGAUGAAUUUGGUGAUACUGCUUUACACAUAGCAUCUCGUAAAGGAGAAUUAAUUAUCAUUAAGUAGAUAUGUUAAAGAGAAUGUCUUUUUUAAAAAAAAAAUAAAUAAAAUCAAAUUCCUCUUGAUGUAGCUUUAAAUGAAAAAACAAGAGAAUUAUUGAUUUAAGAAGAAAAUUAAUUCAUGAAAUCUCCUAAUAGAAAAAAGAAACAGGAAGAAUUAUAAGAAAUUACUCAAAAAAUUAACAAAUAAGAAGAAUAAGUUGAAAUUUAAUAGAAGCUUAUAAAAAUUAUCGAAUAAACAGGAUAAGAAACAUAGACUGAUAUAAAAGAAAAAAAAGAAAUAGAGAUCUAGGUUAUAGAAUCAACUUAUAUCAAUUAACCAUUUUAUAAUUAAUUAAUUUUUGAUUCCAAAUAAACCUUACCUUAUCAUAAAAUUAGUUUAGAUGAUAUUGUUAAGUAUUAAAAAAUAUUUAAUUAUUUUUAGACAACUUACAUUUGAAAUUAAUACAUUUACAUAGGAAUUGAGUAAAUAUUUAGAUGAGUAAAAACCAAUCAUCGAUAAAUUAGUAGUAUUAGUUGAUGAAGUAUUAAAUAAAAAUAUUUAUUUCUAAGAUAGUUUAAAAUGUUUAACCUAAAGCACAUGCUUUUCUUUAUGGCUCUUGUUAUACAGGAUUAAAUUUACUAGAUUCAGAUAUUGAUAUAGUUAUUGAAACAAAUGAAAAUGAAGAAAUAAUUUUAUUAUACAAACUUGCAGAAUAAUUUAAAGUAUAAUAUAUAUAUAUGAAUUCAUAUUUAGAUAGCAAGCUUCAUUAAAGAUGUCAAAGUGAUUGAUAAUGCUAAGAAACCAGUAUUAAAAAUGUAAUCUUCAAAAGAAUUUAAAGAAAAACAUAUUGAUAUUACUAUUAGUAGAAAUGAUCACUAAGGAAGGAAGACUGCAAAUUCUAUGAUUGAAUUUGAAAAAGAAUUUAAAUAAUUUAAAAGUUUGGCUUUAAUGCUAAAAUUCUACUUUAAAUCAAUAAAUCUAUUGAAUGCUUAUUAAGUAUUAAGUAAAUUUAUUAGGGUGGUUUGAAUAGUUAUUGUAUUUAAACCAUGAUUCUUGCAUUGCUAUAAAUUAAAAGAAUUAGAGAUAAUGAUAAUGAAGAAAUUGGUAAAAUAUUUUUAGAUUUUUUUGAUCUCUACAGUUAAGAUAUAGAUUAUUAUAACAAAAUAAUUAAUAUUGUACCAUCUUAGUCAGAAAAUAUGCAAAUUGAUGAACCAAAUAUUUAUCAAUAAUAAUAUUUUUAAUUGUAAGUACUUAUAUAUUAAAUUUAGUGAUUAAGGAUACUAAGAAUUAUUUAUAUUGGAUUUACAUAAUAAAAAUAAUAAUAUUGCUAGUAGUACUUUUAAAAUUAAAAACAUUAAAGUUUAUUAUAAUAUUUAUUUAUUAGAAUGCUCUUACUUUUGGAUACAGUGCAAUUUUAAAUGCAAAGAAAUGUGAUUAACCUUGUUUUUUCUCUAGAUAUAAUAAACCAGUUUGUUGUAUUUUAAAAUAAAUGAUUUAACAAUCUAAAAAUAAUCAUUUAAAUAGCCACUUAAAAAAUAAGUAGCCAUUUUAUUUGUUUAAUUAUAAUAAUUCUUAUUGA